AUGGCGCCUCUUACACUACUUGCCUUGUUUAGCGCCUCAUUUGUGUUCCUGAGCAAAGCACAGGAAGAUGAAGGGUCCAUUCCCGAAUCAAUAGAACUUACCGUCAAAUUCGAAUCGGAAGGCAUGUGCUUGGAGGAGAUCAAUGCUGCUCGUAGGAAGGCAGGAUUCUCCAAUUUCACACAGCCUGCCAGUGGAAGUGAAGCGGCUCUACCUUCCGAAGAAAACGUUCAACUUUGGUACCCUGUUUGCUUGGCAGCGACGCCGGGAGGAACAAUAGAUACUGGCAAAUUUCCCCCCGGAACUUUCGCCGUCGCUCCCCAGUCAUCCACCAAAGUGGACUGCGAUGAAACUGUGGAUCGCUGGAAGGCAGCUUACAAGAAUUUCGAUGGGCCUCCUCCCGGGAAGUUUGCCUCUUCGGAAGUGUACAACAAUCUAGACAACCUUUCGCUUGUAGCCAUGUACAACCCGUCGGCGGAUGCCAGUGCAGACUGCCGCGUUAUGACCUGCACGCAAACACCAAAGGCGACUGGCGAUCCGAAUGUGGCAGGGCAACAAAGUGGCGGUCAGGCUGGAGAAAAACAUGCCUACGCCUUGGUUUGCGGGACCAUGCCCAAUGCACUCCCAAUAAACGGCAGUGGCCCAUUCACAGAAGAACAAUGGGACCGCAUUGCUUUUUCGUUCAUUGGCUCUGCCACAGCAGUGGCGCCGAGCCUGCUAGCUUUUGCACUGGUGGCGCUUGGGAUGGCUGCAGCAGUAUGA